GAGAGAGAAAGAGAGACAAGGGUUUCCAGAGAGAAAGCAAGAGAAGUUGACUCCAAAAAUGCCAGCUUAUUCCACCAACAUGAGGUUGAAGUUCCCCAUCUUGGCCCUGACCUUGGAGAUUAUAACCAUCAUUCUGUACGCUAUCUUUGUGACUUAUGAUGACGGAAAGUCUUCACACGAUGAUCAUGCUUCCAAUAAAUCCCAUACGGAGGAAAACCCGUUGUCCCUUUAUCCCAUGUUCCAGGACGUUCACGUGAUGAUCUUCAUCGGCUUCGGUUUCCUCAUGACGUUCCUGAAGAAGUACGGUUUCAGCAGCGUGGGGAUCAACCUGCUGCUGGCCGCCUUCGGCCUCCAGUGGGGCCUGCUCAUGCAGAACUUCUGGCACAUGGAUAAAGACGGCAAGAUCAAAGUGUCCAUCGAAAAGAUGAUCAACGCUGACUUCAGCACCGCCACAGUGCUCAUCUCCUUCGGGGCCGUGCUUGGGAAAACCAGCCCUGUGCAACUGCUCCUCAUGACUCUCCUAGAAAUCACCACCUUCUGUAUCAACGAGCACCUGGUGGUGGAGGUCCUUGGGGCUUCUGAUAUUGGAGCCUCGAUGACGAUCCACGCGUUCGGAGCGUACUUCGGUCUGGCCGUUGCUCGCAUGCUUUACCGCCCGGCUCUAAGGAACGGCCACGAGAAUGACGGCUCCGUCUAUCACUCCGACCUGUUCGCAAUGAUUGGCACUGUGUUCUUGUGGAUGUUCUGGCCCAGUUUUAACUCGGCUAUCGCCUCAGCUGGAUACCCACAGCAAACGGCCAUCAUCAACACCUACUUCUCCCUGGCCGCCAGCGCUCUCUCUGCCUACGCCACAUCCAGCCUGUUAGAGCACAAGGGCAAACUAGACAUGGUGCACAUUCAGAAUGCCACGCUGGCUGGAGGUGUUGCCGUGGGAACCUGCGCAGACAUGAACAUCGGACCUUUCGGCGCAAUGCUGAUUGGUCUGAUCGCCGGAGUCAUCUCGACAGUUGGCUUCAAAUUCCUCACCCCCAUCCUGGCAUCCAGCCUGGGUAUCCAGGACACGUGCGGCGUGCACAACCUCCACGGCAUGCCCGGCAUUCUGGGAGGUCUAGCUGGCAUCGUAGCCGCCGCACUGGGAAAGAAAGAGGACAUCAAGCCAACCAUGCAGGCUGCAGGCCUAGCCUCCUCCCUUGGGUUUGCUUUGGUGGGCGGGGCCAUCACAGGUCUCCUAAUGAAGCUGCCACUGUGGGGACAGCCUCCUGAUCAGAACUGCUUUGAUGACUCCAUUUACUGGGAGGUGCCUGAGGAGGAGGAGGAAAACGAGGAGAGCCUGGCCCACGCGGAUCAUUCUAAGAACAAGGCAGAGGCCUAAAGACCAGGUCUGGUUCUGUCCAGGCCUAGGAAAACCAGAACUGUCAACCAGCUCAGUACUCCGAAUAUUGCUCAAGUAUUUUUGUCUGACUGGUCCAGUAUUUUGACAAACCUCCCUUUCACUGUCUGCUUUUGUGCCUCUGUCAUGUCUGAUUUUUCUUCUGGGGUCUGAAUUUAAAACGAUGCAAUUGUAACCGAAUCAUAUAAGAAGUCCUUUUUAAAUGACAUCCAUUCCAAUUGAAGCCUGAAGUUACCAGACUACAGACAAUCUGUGGUAUUUGGAUAUAGAGGGGUGAACUUAAUUCAAUUCAACUCAACUCAAUUUAAUUCAAUUCAGUUCAGUCCAGUUCAAUUCAAUUCAACACUUCACAAAUGAAUUCCACUCAGCCCUACCACAUUCCACCUAUGAAGGCUAGGAGUGAAGAUGAGAACAGAGUGUUUGUUGAGUAUUUGUAACCUGAACACUAGUAAAAUAUCUGUGACCCGUCACACAAGCCAAACUGAAUGCCACAGUACAAUGGCCUGAGGGCUGCAGUCAAAUGGUCCAUUAUUAUGGUUGUUUUACUGCAAGUGUUUGAGAGAAAACUCAGAAAUGAAGAGCAAAGCCAGUACCAAAUUACCGAUUCAUAUUUUUACGGCACUUCUCGGCUACAGAUUUACGUUAAAUUCAAUUAUCAGGGAGUUGACAUCCACAUGGUCACUGAAUUCAAGUUGUUUUUGUUUUAUUUAGGUAGGGGUUGUAAUGUGAAGCAUUUACUAUUGAUACUUUGGAGGGAAAAAAACUGUGCUCCAUUGUGCCUGUUUAUUUUUGA